UUUACUAUUAUAUUACAAUUGAAACAAUAAAUUACUGAUUGUUUUUGUUUGUGUUUUUCAGUUGGUGGACAUACCAACAAUAUUGGAAUCCUAUAAAACAGUUGAUAAGAAAACAUUCUUCAAAACUGCAGAUAUAUGUCAGAUGCUUGGUUGUUCAAAUGAAGGGGAAGACCGUGGAAGUGGUCGAGAGGAUAAACGUUCUCCACACAAGAACACCGGCAAAGUCAAGAAGAAGUUUCUAUGGAACCAUGGAUGUAAUAACACCUCCACCAAAGAAUGUGAGAAAAUUAAGGUUCAGAAAAACAGCCAAGAAAUAGAUGGCAAGGACUGGAAACAGAUCUUUGAAGAGGUUAGUAGCUCAGAGAAUGAGGAAGGGAAAGAAGACGUCAACAUCAUGGAGGUCGGGGAUUCCCAGCAAGACAUGGAGGAGUUCAAAGUACAAAAUGUCACUGCUGCUCUCAAAGGAUUAGAAGCGGCUGUAGAUCAAGAUAACACAAUCACAGAAGACAGCAUGCAGCAAGAGA